AUGCCGAUAAGAACCAAAGGCAAGGUCUAUAAAACAGCUGUGAGGCCUGUUUUACUCUAUGGUAGCGAAACGUGGGCUUCGACGAAAAUCCAUGAGCGAAAACUUCAUGUCACUGAAAUGCGCAUGUUACGUUGGGCGGGUGGAGUCACUCUAAAAGACAUAGUGCGUAACGAACACAAUGUAAAAAGAGGUGGAAAAGUCUUCGGGACCAGUACAAUAAAAAAAAAAACGAAAGAGGGCGGCACAGGUUCAGCGAGAAUAAAUAGCACUUGGGAAUAUAUGGAUCUAAUGUCCUUUUUGUCUGAUGCUCCUGAGAGACGUGUUUCUCGCUCAGAAGGAAUUAGUGAAAAUGAUUCUCAGACAAGUAUUCGUAAUACAGAGGUCAAUACUGGCAUUGAUUUUGAAUGCGAUGAUACUUGUACUCAAGAGAUAUAUGCUGAAAACAGGCCUACGACACAAGAAAAUAUUGGCAACACUGAUAAUUCUACGCUAGGUCCGUCAACCUCUAAGAAACGAAAACCAAUUAAAUUACAAGAAAAACUAGACAAAAGGGAAAUUCAGAGGCUAAAUUUACUUGAGGCACUAGUAAACAAUACAAAAAAUCAAUCGCAAGUUCAACCUCAGUCAGCGAUCAAAAAAAUUUUUUUGAGUCAAUGGCUGAAGUGGUGGAGACGUUUCCGCCGCGUGAACAAGCCGCCAUCAGAGCGAAAGUUUGUCAGUUAG